GCGUAAUUACAAUGAAAUUUAAGGGGAUUCUGAUUAAAUCACAAUUCCCCCAUUUGUGUAUGAGUCUCAGAGUUUUCCAACAAUCACUAACAUUCGCUCAGACUUUAACCAAACCGUUAAAGCUCAUGGCGUUUGUGAUUCCCGGUGGAUGCGUACGAUUAGGCGUGUCACCACCACGCCGGGCGCACAUUAAACGGAGACUCACUGUGUUUGCGACUGUGUCCCCUCCACGAGGCCGAGACGAUGUGGUGAAUUGGGUCAAAGCAACCUCGGGCUUCUUUGAGCAAGACACCAGGCCCAUCAUGCUAUUUGACGGUGUUUGCAACUUGUGUAAUGGAGGUGUAAAAUUUGUACGCGAUAAUGAUCGAAAUGGGAGAAUAAGGUUUGAGGCUCUGCAGAGUGAAGCAGGCAAGAAACUGCUAAGGAGGUCAGGAAGAGAACCUGAUGAUAUUUCGAGUGUCGUACUUGUUGAGAAAGAGAGAUCAUACAUCAAGUCAGAAGCUGUUCUAAAGAUAAUGGAAUACAUAGACUUACCAUUCCCUCAGCUAGCUUUCUUUCUUCAGUUCAUACCGCUGUUCAUAAGAGAUUUUGCCUAUGACAAUGUUGCUAACAACCGUUAUACAAUUUUUGGUCGCACAGAAUCAUGUGAACUGUAAGAAUAAUCCAUCAGUUUUGUUGAAUCAUGUUUAUAAGUUGAAAGUGCUCAUAGUAUACAUCUUGCUUUUGUACGCUAUAUUAUACUUUGGCUCAAGUAGAAAUGAAAAUGGAAUUAUAACGAAACAGCUAGAUCUGUCUAUGCAUAUAUUUAAUGAAAUGAUGUUUUGUUCGCGAAUA